AUGUGCUGCAAAUCACCAAAGCGUCAAGGAUCGCCCACCUUAAACACGUCGUCUAAAACUGAGUCCAAAGUGGUCCUCCUUGGCGACUCAGGAGUGGGGAAGUCCUCGCUUCUAUGGAGAUUUGACAGGGGAGAGUUUAAUGAAAAUCAUGAAGUUACAAUCGGAGGCGCAUAUUUGGAGAAGAAGGUAGCCUUAAGCAAUGAGAAAAUGGUUGUUCUAAACAUCUGGGACACUGCUGGGCAAGACAGAUUUUUAUCAUUGAUGCCUAUGUAUUAUAGGAAUUCAACUGCAGCGAUAAUUGUAUAUGAUGUCUCAAACCAGCACUCUUUUAGUAGAGUCCAAUAUUGGGUAAAGACACUUAAAGACCAGGUUCCUGAUUGCUUGCUAUAUCUGGUCGGAAAUAAAGCAGACAAAGAGCCUAAAAUGGUUGAUGAGUUUGUAGCUAAGGAUUUUGCGACUGCAAAUGGGAUGGAUUGGCUGGAAACCUCAGCUAAGUCCGCUCUCAACGUCGAUUUAUUGUUUAAAAGAGUAGCUGAAGGAGUGGAAAAGGUGAAAUGAAAUUAA